CCGAGGUCGUGUUCCUACUUCCUGUUGAAAUCGAAAGUGGAUUUCACAAUAUAGCCGUACACAUUUGAUUUUUUCAGAAAUACUUAGACAAGAAAUAUGUAACGUUGAUCACGACAUGAAAAAGCAAUCCAGGAACCAAAUGAUAAGCGUUCGCUUGAGGAAAAAACAGCGAUCUUUCAGUCAUCCUUGAGACAAGCGGAAAAGAUGUUCAAACAUCAGGAUUAUAAGUUCCGACGUCUGUUGGAAUGGAGCUGUUUUCUGGAAGCUCUUAAUGCCCGCCAGGAAAAAACAAUUCAAAUGGAACGGGGCUUAUAUGAAGAGCUAAAGAAGGAAUGUGAAAUGUUAAAAUCUCAAAUAUCCACAGACCAUUCUAGUGAACUUCUGCCGAUAGAAAAAUUAUUAGACGAUAUGCGAAAGAUCUGUGUGAAAAACGAAGAAACUUUAGUGAAGGAAAUGGGCCUCCUACAACAAGAUAUAGCACAUAGAGAAGAACAAAAUAAAAAACUAAAUUUGUCAUUACAGUCCGUGAAGUCUUGCAGUAACGAGGACAGAAACAAAUGGCAACGACAAAUUGAAACACAAGAAGAACACAUUAUCAUCCUGAAGAAGAAGAAAAAAAUACUGCAAAACAGACUGAAUGAACUUCUGCCGAUAGAAAAGUCAUUAGAAGAUAUGCGAAAGAUCUGUGUGAAAAACGAAGAAACUUUAGUGAAGGAAAUGGACCUCUUACAACAAGAUAUAGCACACAGAGAAGAAAAAAAUAAAAAAAUAAAUUUGUCAUUACACACAUUGAACGAAACUGUCGAAGUACUGAGACGAGAGUCUGCUUUGACCUUAGGCGUUAGAAGUGAACCCAGUCACCAACUUGAGCUGUUGAUUGAAAAAGAGACGCAAUUGGAACAAGAAUAUGAUGAGACUCAAAAAGAUCUUAAUAACCAUCAAAUGCUGUUGAGCGUUUAUGAGAGACAAGAAAUAUGUAACGUUGAUAACGACAUAAAUAAGCAAUCCAGCGGCGUUGAGACGUUUGAAAAGGUAUUCUCAGAUAUAAGAUCUGCAGAGAAGGAAAUGAUUCUCUGCAUACAGGAACCAAAUGAUAAACGUUCGCUUGAGGAAAAAACAGCGAUCUUUCAGUCAUCCUUGAGACAAGCGGAAAAGAUGUUCAAACAUCAGGAUUAUAAUUUCCGAUGUCUGUUGAAAAGGAGCUGUUUUCUGGAAGCUCUUAAUGAUCGCCAGGAAAAAACAAUUCAAAUGGAACGGGGCUUAUAUGAAGAGCUAAUGAAGGAAUGUGAAAUGUUAAAAUCUCAAAUAUCCACAGACCAUUCUAGUGAACUUCUGCCGAUAGCAAAAUCAUUAGAAGAUAUGCGAAAGAUCUGUGUGAAAAACGAAGAAACUUUAGUGAAGGAAAUGGACCUCCUACAACAAGAUAUAGCACACAGAGAAGAACAAAAUAGAAAACUGAAUUUGUCAUUACAGUCCGUGAAGUCUUGCAGUAACGAGGACAGAAACAAAUUGCAACGACAAAUUGAAACACAAGAAGAACACAUUAUCAUCUUGAAGAAGAAGAAAAAAAUACUGCAAAACAGACUGAAUGAACUUCUGCCGAUAGAAAAAUCAUUAGAAGAUAUGCGAAAGAUCUGUGUGAAAAACGAAGAAACUUUAGUGAAGGAAAUGGAUCUCCUACAACAAGAUAUAGCACACAGAGAAGCAAAAAAUAAAAAACUAAAUUUGUCAUUACACACAUUGAACGAAACUGUCGAGGUACUGAGACGAGAGUCUGCUUUGACCUUAGGCGUUAAAAGUGAACCCAGUCACCAACUUGAGCUGUUGAUUGAAAAAGAGACGCAAUUGGAACAAGAACUUGAUGAGACUCAAAAAGAUCUUAAUAACCAUCAAAUGCUGUUGAGCGUUUAUGAGGUAAUGGAGAAAAAAACUAAAGAAAUGUCGUCUGUGGAACUCAAAGCAGAUGGGGAAGAUGUGUUGCAUACCUGCAAAUCGACUAAGACACAACUGGAUUCGUCAAAUGAAACCUCGAUCCUAAUGACUGACAAUGCCAGAAGCUCAGGUGGUAACUCUACAGACAUUGAAUCACUUAAUACAGCCAGCAAAAAGCAAGAAAAAACAAAUAAUGAGCAUGAUAACGUUGAUGUCACAUACCAAGAGGAAGAAGCAGUAAAAGCGGAUAGUUCUAAAACUGAAUUUAAUAAAGCUUUUGUCAAGAGUCAAGAAGCAGUAAAAACUGAGAGUUUUAAAACUGACUGUGUCACACAUCAAGAGGAAGCAGUAAAAGUUGGCAAUCUUUUGAUAAUAGAUUCCGGUAUAUCUAGUAAUGUAGACAGUGGAUGUCCAGAAGUAACAACAAAAACUCCUGAUCACCUUGAUGGUCAAACCAAGAAAAAGGAAAAGAAACAUUUUAUGAAGAGAUUUUUUUCAUUUGCAACGUACAAUUUUUCGUUUGAAGAUGAAGAACAUAAGGAAAACAUAAAACAUGCUAUGGAAAAGUUUGAGUACUUUUGGUUAAAAGAUGAUGUGUUUAGUCAGUUGCAUGAAUCCAAAUUUGAAGUAAGAGGACAGAUCUUUUGUAACGCAGAACAAUAUAUGAUGUAUAUGAAAGCAGACCUGUUUGGUGAUGACCGUACAGCAAAGAAAAUUAUGAAGACAUCAGACCCUAAGAAGAUUAAGGCACUUGGAAGAAAAGUCUUCAAUUUCCAUGAACCAAUGUGGAGAGCUCAUUGUCUUGAUGUUGUCAGAACUGCAAAUCUUGCUAAGUUCUCGCAGAAUAAAAAGCUGAAGGAAAAGCUUUUUAAAACACACCCCAAGAUUCUCGUGAAAGCAAGUCCAUAUGAUAAGAUCUGGGGUAUAGGGCUAGCGGCAGAUGAGCCCGAGGCCUUUGUUGACACAAAGUGGAAGGGAAGCAAUUUUCUCGGCUAUAUUCUCACUGAAGUCAGGGAUCAGCUAAUGUGCGAGGAGGGUCAGAUUACAGCUGAGAACAAAAUGGUGUUUUUGAAAAGCUUGAAAGAGGCUUAUUGUGCUGAACUUGUUUCAUGGGAGCCAACUCAGUGGCAUGAUGCGCAUGGUCGUAGCUCUGAUGAUACAUGUGAUAAGAGCAUGGUGAUACAGUCUAAAGGUGACCAGCAGUCAGCUCAAGACUUAAAUAACGGUGUUGGAAGCUUUGGGGAUAAACUUUUAGUUUAUAAGGAUAGACCAGGAUUUCGAAAUAAACAUAACAAAGCCCAAAGUACUGAAAAACAUUCAACCUCAUCAGGUUUCACGCAGAACUCAUACGAUGAAUUUUUUCCAGAGAUCAGUGAAGAUCAACUGUCACUUUUCAAAAAGAAGAGACUAGUGGAAAAAAUGAAAAUGAAAGUGGGAUUUGAUAUGGAAGAGGCUGGUGCAAGUAACAAUAGAAAGGAAAAUAGGAACAAGGAGCAUGAACAGCCGAAACAACAUGUGUUUUCAUCAGAUAAAGAUGACGCUUUAGGACGUACCAGUGAAGAGACUAAAUCCAAAUCAAAGAAUACAGUUGAAAUACAUAAAGAAGAAUCUAGGGAUGCGAAUGAGACAAUUGCUGUUGAAUAUAAAGAUAGAGCCAACGUUUUGUUGAAUGUGUCUGAAUUUAAAUCAGAAACAAGGAAUAUACCAAAUGAUGAAGCAAUAUUUGCUAAAGCCGAAAAAGAUAAUGAUGAUGAACAUCAAGAUAAAAUGAACAGCAUGUUAAGUGAAUUACAGUCUGAACCAACUAAAACGAAUGAAAGUUCAAAAUCCAAUUCAGGAGAUGUUGUUGAACAUGAAGAUAAAACAAACAAAUUGUUAAAUUCAUUUCGGAAUAUAUCAAGUAUUGGCAAUUCAAGUAAUGAUGGAGCACCAUAUAACAAUUUUUUGGAUAAUGAGCGUGAUGUAGCUGUCCAACCCAUAGAUGUUGAAAGGAAACCAAAAGAAAAACUUUAUGAGACAGUGGGAUUGACCAAUAAAGAUGAAAAGAAACAACCUGACAAGAAAGUACAGAAACAUUACCCUGGUACUGCAAAGAAAGUUACUGAAUCAAACACCAAAAAAAAGAAAAAGUAGAAAGAAAUACUUUGUACAGUGUAUUAAUGUUGUAACUCAGGGGGAUCAAGUGUGACAGAACACUAGUUACUAACAUCAGGCUGUGGCUUUAUCAUCACACUUACAUUUUGGAGGAGAGCUAUUGAAACAAGAUGAUGACUGUUUGUGUAAAUUUACAAGUGCAAAUGCUUUAAAAAAAUAAUAUUUUAAUGUAAUUGUAUUAUUUUUUAAAACAUGUAUUUUGUCGUUGAUUGUUUGUUAUAUUGUAUAUCAUCAAAUCGUAAAUAAUGUUGUUUUGUAUCAUGCAGUCUCUACUUAAAACUUGAUUGGUUGUUCUGAAGUUGACAAGCCUUGUUAUAUAUCUGGGUAUUUAACUAAUAGAUGAAUUUACCAACGUCAUGCAAAAAUGGGUCUUAUGCCAAUGGAGCCAGUGUAACUUCUGACCAGCCCAUGCGGUAUGGCCAAUAGCUGUGCUGUCCAGUAUUAAGUCAUCCAAGGUUUCCUUGUCUCAUCAUCGGAUAGCAUAGCUCCUUACCAGAAUAUGCCCAUGCACAGACUGGUCUAGAGUUACUGUUGCAUCAUAUAGCAUAAGACCCAUAUUUGCAUGAUGCAGCUCAAUUGGGAACUCUGAAUUGUAUUGUUUCAGUGGUUCAAUACCUUAAAUGAGCACUUUGUAAAUGUUUCAUUGGUUAACCAUACAAUAAUUUAACUGUUAAAGUAUUAAAAUAAUAAUUGAUUGAAAAAACAAAUUAUUAUCACCGCCCACCUUUUCAAUUUUCUUUUUGUAACAAAGCACUUGACUAAACAGUAAGAUUUGUUUGUAUAAUAGUUUGUUCACUGUUAUUCUACCAUCUGAAUAACCUGUCAGUGAUUUUAAUGUUAUCAUAUUUAUCGUACAACAUUUAUUGACUUUAUGAGUUCUUCUGUAAAAUAAUAUACACAUCUUUUUCAAAUUCUUAUUUAUUUAGAUUUUGAUGAGAUAAACAGCCAUAAUGUAUUUUAUUUAUUUUAAUAUGUCAUAUUAAAAGAGUUAUUUAACAUAAUUAAACAAACAGUUUUUAUUUGUCAAUAUUUUUCCUAUACAUGUAUAUCAAUAUAUUUUUGCCACUGAAAACAUAUUUUACUUAAA